CACUGUUAAUGGAGCGCUAGCAAGCUAGCAUGGGAGUGGUGUAAGCACUAUGCCAUGCAACCACAGUUACUGCAGUAGCUGGCUAGCUAAUCGCACACGCAAGGCACAACAAAUCUCCUGAACAUCAUCGUUCACGUAGCUGUUUUAGGCCACACAGGUUUUGAGGCACACGGUUGUUUGUUGGUGUUCGUGGUUUGCUCGCGAAUUUCGUAGCUCAGAAGCGGACCUAGCUCCUUGUUGCAGGGAGUCGUUUACGUUAGUAAGGAAAAUAAAGGUCUGGCGAUAAAAUGAAACAAGAAGGAAUAGAGGGCACGGAGAGGUUUUGCAGCCCUGGCAAAGGGCGAGGACUGCGAGCCUUAAAACAUUUCAAAGUAGGGGACCUCGUGUUCGCCUGUCCAGCGUACGCGUACGUCUUGACAGUGAAUGAAAGGGCUGCCCAUUGUGAAUUCUGCUUCACGAGACGAGAGGGCCUGUCCAAGUGUGGGAAAUGCAAACAGGCCUUUUAUUGCAAUGUGGACUGUCAGAAAGGCGACUGGGCCAUGCACAAACCGGAGUGCGCAGCCAUGUGUGCGUACGGCGAGAACUGGUGUCCCUCAGAGACCGUCCGGCUGGUGGCCAGAAUCGUGGUGAAACAGAAAGGGCACAAAGGACAAGACAGGAGUCCAUCCGAACGACUGCUAGCGUUAAACGAGUUUGAGUCACACCUUGACAAGCUAGACGAUGAGAAGAACGAGAUGAAUGACGCCGACAUCGCCGCACUUCAUCACUUCUACUCACGACACAUAGACUUCCCGGACAAGGCCACUCUGAUUGAGCUAUUUGCUGGGGUAAACAAUAACGGGUUCACCAUUGAGGACGAGGAGCUGUCACACUUAGGCUCUGCGGUAUUUCCAGAUGUCGCUCUGAUGAACCACAGCUGUAGCCCCAAUGUCAUCGUGACCUACAAAGGGACAACGGCAGAAGUGAGAGCAGUGCAGGACAUUAGUCCCGGAGACGAGAUCUUCAACAGCUACAUAGACCUACUGUAUCCAACAGAAGACCGCAACGAGAGGCUGAUAGACUCCUACUUCUUUGAAUGUGAUUGUAAGGAGUGCACCACAAAAUCAAAGGACAAGGCCAAGAUGGCGCUUCGCAAGAACCUGAGCUCCACCCCCACGCCCGAGGAAAUCCGAGAAAUGGUGACGUACGCCAAGAAUGUCAUUGAGGAGUUCAGGAGGGCCAAGCACUACAAGACCCCAAAUGAACUGUUGGAGAUUUGUGAGUUGAGUAUGGACAAGAUGGGGGCCAUCUUCGCGGACACCAACGUUUACAUGCUCCACAUGAUGUACCAAGCAAUGGGCGUGUGCCUCUACCUCCAGGACUGGGACGGAGCCAUGAAGUGGGGGGAGAAGAUCAUUAAGCCAUACAGUGUGCACUACCCUCCUUACUCUCUCAACUCUGCCUCCAUGUACCUGAAGCUGGGUAGACUAUAUUUAGGAUUGGAAAAGAAGUCACAGGGAGUCAAGGCUUUAAAGAAGGCAUUGGCCAUAAUGGAAAUUGCUCACGGCAAGGACCACCAUUACAUAGCAGAGGUCAAGAAGGAAAUGGAGGAGUGAAGAUCAGAGACGAUAUGGGAACUUGGGAAGUCGAUGUUUUGCAGGAAUGGGAAGCUUGAUCAGUCGAUGUUUUGCACCAACAGAACUGCAUGGCAUGCCUCUUCUUCAUACCUCUACACUGCAGUCCUCAUAGCCAAGCGAUGUCAGAAGAAUCUCCAACUCUUUCUAUUAAAUGUUACACAUGAUCUGUUGUUGUUGGAGCACACACCCUCUCUCAGCAUUUGCAAAUUUCUCAACUUCUCAACCAUCUUUUUAUCUCUUGAUAUUUUUGUGAGUUUGUUCAGUGUUUUGCGACAGCACCUUGUCAGAAAUUCUGCACUAAGAUAACAAGGGCUUUUUCUUUUCUUAUUUUUUAUUUUGUUGUCUAAAGGCAACAAAGCACCGAUGUCCUCAUGUUGACAAAAUACUGUAGUUAAUAAAUAAAUACACGUCUCUAUUGUAGCAGUGGAAGGAAACACAAAACAUUGUUUUUGAAACAGUGAGACAAGGAAUGUUUGCAAUUUUCAGUGUUGACAAUUCAUUCACAAUAAAACUUAAGAUAUUGCAUGAUUUAUUUUGCACAGAUCACAUUAUGCAUUAAUAAAAUGCAUAAUAUUUUAAUGUCUUUAUUAUCUACUGUAUGUGUUUGUUUCCAAUUGGCCGCCAUCAUAACCAGAUCACAGUGGUAAUGGUGCACUCCUCUUUCUUGUGUACCUUUUGUCUCUUCUGAGUUGUUGUUCUGUUGUUUUCACAUGUGGCAUGGGCCAUUCCGGAAUGCAAAAAAUAAUGACAAUAAAUAUGGUUCUUCUGUGUAUCCGUACUGCAUCAACAUUACAAUAAACCCCAAAUGGAAUUUGA